UCAAUGGCAUCCCUACAGAAGCACCCAAAGUAUUGGUUUACAGAUGGAAAUAUUGUGUUUCAGGCAGACAAUGCUCUCUUUUGCCUUCAUAGGGGGGCACUGUUUGUCCACUCUCCCACUCUGGAGGGUAUCUUCACACUCCCAUCUGGGGUUGUGAAUGAUGGUGUGGAUGAAGAGCACCCCAUUAAACUUCCAGGAAUCUCAGGUGGAGAAUUUGAGCACUUCAUAUCAUGGAUGUAU